UGCGCAAUACGCUUAAAGACCGUUUGCAACGAUUAUCCAGAAGAACUUUCAGACGUAUGAUAAGGUGGUCAGUGGAUGCACGUAGAGAGUGUAACCACAAUGCAAAGCGCAGAACAAACGCCCUGGAAAUUGGAAUCAUAUAAAGCAGAAUAUCAGCAAAAAAUUCACGAAUUCAGGCUUAUUCAGCAAGUAUUUUGAACAGCAUAAGCUGAAAAUAAUUUAUCAGUUAAUUGGCACAAGUACAGUAGCACUGAAAGACAGUAUAUUUUGAGGAAAGGAUCUAGAAUUGUUAUAUAAAAGGAAUAUGGACUCAAAAAUUCCUUUACCCAACAACCUAAAGAAUCAAUGUCUUCAUACACUUCAUGAUUAUGGAGAAACGAUCGCCAGUCUUGUCUCAAAGAAUGGUAAAGAAGAGAGAGUACAACUUGCACUUCACCGUUUGAUAAAAGUGUUUGAGCUCUGGGAUUUACCCAGAUGCAUCCAGCGAGAUAAUAAUACCGAAUGGAUGAUCCGUAUACAAGAUUUCCAGACACCGGAUUACAUCACAAUAAACCUUUGUCUUCAAUCAUCAGAAGAAUUCAACAGAUUUAUUGCAUUUCUUCGACAUCUAAUCCUUAACUGGUCUCAAGAUAUUAAAGUACAAAAACUGUACGAAGGUGACUUGAGUUUUAUAGUCACACAUCCAGCUCCGGUCCGCCUGUAUUUUUUUCCCAAAGAUGACACAAAUUUGGAAGAACAGUCAAGAUUUUCCACCUCUAAGUCGUCUUGUGUUGUUUCAGUAUGGAAGGUGGUCGAACAUCUGGCCAGAGACUUUGGGUUGUUCGCACUAAAUGAGGCGGAAAAGAUUUCAAAUGAUAAAAAAGAAAGUGAAAGUAAAGAUAUCGCAAGUAGCCAUACUCGUGAUCCAUAUGCUGAGUUUCAGAAUAAUGAAUUGAUAUCAACUGCUGAAUAUCUUCGCCGCAACUUGUCGUCUGAUGAACUUCUGCAGCAACUCAAAAAAGCUUAUGUUUCAGCAGUAAACACAAGCAAGAAUUUAUCAUCUCAAAUUCAAGGUCACUCGGUUACUCAACAAUCUCAGACGUCAUUCGCGGAAGUUGAACAUUUAAGGGCGGAAAACCGAAACCUAAAGUCGAAAAUCGCGACCUUGUGUCAAGAAUUCGAAGCGCAAAGAACAACUUUACAGCUGAGAAUUGACGAGUUGGUCGACGAGAAUAAUAGAAUAGCGGCAAUAAUUUCCGAGAAAGACGCUGAGUUACAGGAAACAUUCUUAGAACUUGGCCGUGUGAGUGUUGAUUUGACAAGAGUUCAGAAUGAAAGGAAAAGAAAUAAACUAUUCAAUCAAACCUACAAGUCACAUUCUGCAUCGACACAGACAGCAGAUGCGUCACAAUCAUCAGAAGCAACUUCACCAGCAAGGAAUGAUGAAACUUCAGAUGAACGCGACAGAGUUCAUGAGCAAGAGUCAUUUAGCAAAGCAGCAAGUUUAGAAUCGAUAUUACAAAGCGGUGUCGAAGGCAACAUUGAUAACAAAUAUAAACUCGCGUUGUUAAAGCUAAGCGAGCAGUUAAAAAGAUUGGCGGAAACGAAAUUUCAAAUCGACAGUUCAGGAGAUGUGCACUCAAUCUUCCUGGCAUUAGAUCGUAAGAAAGUCAUCAGCACCACUGAACUUAGUCGACUGAAAGCAUUCUUCGAGUCGAUCUUGCGAUAUGAUUUCGUCUGUCUUAUUGAGAGCUAUCUUAAAGGAGAUUACAAAGAGCUGAAUAAUUUCAACCAGUCAAGAUCAACGCAUCGAGGUUCGUCCUCUCAAAGAUUAAGACAUUUUCCACCACCUCAGUUCUCGUCAGAUUUACUAUCACUACGAACGGCUGCCACGGGGAGCUCACAAGAUCCUGCAAAGCAGUCACGGUUGUCGGAUCUUGGUGUGAAAUCUCAAGAAGCGACCACGUCCAACUCGAUGAAUGCAGAUACGGCAAGUUCACGACGGUCCACGCAGCGAUCCGAAGCUCGCGAUCGUUCAGAUUCGCCAAACCAUCGUCCUUUGUUGUACAAGCCACCCAGGCCAAUCCAAUCUGACCGUGAUCAAGGAGCUACAACACGCGGUGUGCUCGCCACGAACAGUGGAAGAAGACUGGAAAAUGAAGUUCAAGCCAGCGAUUCAACGGUACGCGCCGACAGGACGAAUACGUCACGUAAUACAAACUCUGGCAGCAAUGGACUGAAGCUAUCGAAGUUUCAACGUCCAAAUUCUUCAGGAAGUACGAGUACGGAGAGUCACGGACCUGAAGAUGAUAGUCAAUGGCUAUGCAGACAUUACAAACGACGAUGCUACGUCCAGUUUGAAUGCUGCAACAAGUUUUGGCCGUGCCAUCGUUGCCAUAACAAGCAGAGCGCGUGUGGCAGGAGGAAGCUGAAGUCACGUGAUACGAAGCGGAUCAAAUGUGCUUCUUGCAACUGCGAACAAGAGUUCGCUCACUAUUGCUCGGAUUGUAACACGAAGUUUGCAAGAUAUUUCUGUGCGUUAUGCAAACAUCUGACUGGGACAGAUGAUAAUCCUUAUCACUGUGAAAAGUGUGGUAUUUGCAGAAUCCACGGUGAUGGUUCAUAUCAUUGUGAUAUCUGUGGUGUGUGUGUUUAUUUCCAACUCCGUGGAAAUCACAUAUGUCGUGAAGGAUCUGCUCACGAUGAAUGUUGCAUAUGUUUGGAGGAUACUUUCACAGGAUUUCAAAUCUUACCAUGUUCUCAUAAAGUACACAGGAAAUGCGCAGCUCAGAUGAGUAAAAGUGGAAUAACACGAUGCCCAAUAUGUCGGGAAAGUUUUGCACAUAAACUUGAAAGAAGACCAGCACCAUCAAAGAACCCACCGUAGAAACCAAACUAUAAGAAGCCUGUAUACUUUGGCCGACAUAAAGGGAAAUAGCACACUAGGACAAUACAUAUUUAGAUUGAUGUUUAUGUUAAGGUUGGGUUUGUAAUUUGUGCGCAAUAUGUAUUCAUACUUCUUUGCCGUCGAUAUACACAAUAUA